AUGGACGAAAAAGUACGCGAAGCGAACGGGAAGAGAAUACCGGAAGACAAGAAGGUUCAAGAAGAUGAAAUCGAGAGGCAAUACAAAUAUGAGGAUGAUGUUUUUAGAGUAGAACAAUCUUACGGCUCGAAAGACAAAGAAUCUUAUGAUGAAGAAACAGGAGAACUUGAAGAAAAAUCAGCCAUACAAGAUUGGGAGGAAGAGGCAAAAAGGAAAGUUCGCAUAGAAAUGGAUGAUCCGUCGGAAAGACGGAAAAGUAUCUAUGAUCUCGCGUCUUACGACUCUUCUGGGCCGUCAGUGAACGACAUUUUGAAACUUAACACGACGCAGAUAACCACGGAACCGCCAAGGAAAAUUCGAUAUUCUGUGUCAAUGGGAAUGUCGGGAUUAGUGAGAAUUGAUUUAUCCCCCCUGACGCAAAAAAUCAUCGGCUGCGUCAUCGACGAAAACGUCACGACAGAAUUUCCGUGGAUAUACGUCAAAAAGGAUAUCAUCGAGGAUAAUAUAGAUCUACACGCUGAGAGCAGCGAUUUUCUACCGGUGAAGGACGAAAUUUACGAAUUUCCCAACACGAAUAUUCUCAUCGGUUACGCACCAUCCCUAUCCGAGAAGGGUCAAUUCUACAUUGUUGUCAACGAGGAAAGCAGAGAUGCUAUUGUGAAACGUAUAGAAACGGAAAGAGAAGAUCACGCGAACCGUGUGAAAAAUGCGAUCUAUAAACCUCUUGGUCAAUGGCAUGACUUGGGAAGCAGUGCCGAAAUCGACAUCGAAGUCGUUCAGAAUACAAGGCCACUGUUUGAAAUUGAGGCGAUAUCUACCGCGGAUUUGCUGAACGCGCCGAUAAAUCUAACAGAUAGGAAGGCGGACGAUCAGAGAGACGGAUACAUGGAGCUGCUGCCGUACCAACAAAUAUUUGAGAAUAUACGACGUAAAUUGGUAAGCAGAUCUACACAAGUGACGCCGAGUGUUCGACACAACGAGGCGCAAACGGCGCCAUCGAUACCCGCCAAUUCCUGGUUCCAAUAUCUAUACGAAUACAAGACAGUCGAUUUGUCUACUUACACUGAGGAAAAGAUAGAUAACUUGAAGGAUUUCCUAGACCGUUACACUGGCGAGAUGUGCGAUCAACUUUUAAUGAACUCUACGUGGGAUAUAUACACGAAUGAUUUUGCAAAUUUGGUACGCAACGAAAAAGAUACACAGGCACCAGUGUCAUUAAGUUACAAAGAACAUCAAAAUUACUACGACGGAAAAGUGAUUGUAGACAAAGUUAUCAAUGAUCUCUGCUGGCAUCCGUUCUGGUCUGGAGUAGCAGUAACUACUUAUACACAACAUGCUAAGGCCGAGCAUCUGAUAGGUCCCAAAACUUACGACGAGGUAUUCUUAGCUUGUGAAAGAAGCAACCGAGUACUAAUAUGGUCCUUCACUGACUGUUUAUCACCUAAAUUGAUUCUCGAAUGUCCGCGAGAAGUUACAUCUAUUUCUGUUUGCCCUCUCGAUGGCAGUAUCAUUAUAGGUGGAUGUAUAAAUGGCCAGAUCGCCAUCUGGCACAUUCCCGGCAAAAUCGAGCAGUUGGAAGUGGUGGUAGCGCAAACAGCUGCCCAAGCGAAGUACAGCAUCGCGAUGAGGAGCUUGAUGACAUGGAUGCACGAGACGACGGAGACGUCGUUGAUCAGUCCGGCAGCGAUGUCCUCGCUGAAGUACAGCCAGAAGGCGGGCAUCACCCAGAUAAUCUGGGUGCCCUCGCAUCAUAAGGUCGACAAAAACGGUCAGAUCACAUCCUUACCAGAAGACGCGCCCUUGGACGAUCUAACUUGGCAAUUCGUAACCGGCAGUCAAGAUGGCACUAUUGCUUUCUGGGAUCUCAAAUCGCGACCUUCGAAGAAGGAUAUUCGAGAAGUCAGCAAGCGAAAGAAAAGAAAACACUUGGAUACCGUGCAACCCGAGUCAUCCUUUAAGAUCCUCGAUCGCGUAUUAAAGCCUGAUUAUAUCCUCGUGGUUCAAUAUCCGGACGUGAGCCGGCAGGUCGUGAUAACGACGCUCAGCAUGUACACCCCCAAAUUUCGUAAGGAACAAGUCGAAUCAUUCCCGGUAAGGGACGACAUCACAAUUAGAAAGUACUACAAAUCCAUAAUCGAGAAACCGGACUACGUUAUGGAGCCGAAGAUGCUCGUCGGCACCGUCGAAGGUGAUUUUGGUUGCAUAACGUGGACUGGCUACGAAUUCGCCACCGACGUGAGCGUGAAUCGCGAAACGGCGCGAUGGCUUUGGAUGAAGAGGAUGCACGACGGACCUGUGACGUAUUCGGUCAGAUCCAAUUAUUACCAUCAAGUAGUGGUCACAGUGGGCGGCAAGAUCUUCGCCGUGUGGCGAGAUGAUUUCGGCGAACCGCUCGUUUGGAAGAAGUCCAAUGUCGGAUAUACGGCGUGUUCGUGGGGUAUUUUCCGUCCAACCGUUUUGAUCUUAGGACGAAUGGACGGCACCGCAGAAAUUUGGGAUCUCGGAGUCAAAAGCUACGAGCCGAAUUUCACGCAAAGCGUGUCCGGACAGAUAAUUACAGGCAUUUAUACGCACAAGUUGCCGCUGGAGCCGCAAUGUGUCGGAUUUUGUGACUUCACUGGCUCUCUAAGAAUGUUCAUAGCGCCAGGUACCUUGCUGACAUAUGACAUGAGCGACGUUGAGUGGAUGAAAAAGUUCGUCGAUCGACAGGUUAAAAGACGUCGGAAACCCUGGCAAUUCCUCGAGGAAGCCAAGGAACGAUGGAUGUCAAUGGAAGUAAAGCGCAUGCAACGACUGAUUCUGGAGAAAAAAGGACUGAGAAAAGACAUUCUUGAGAGACAACGCGCGCCCGUUCUCAGAUUGCGACAGGAGGCGAGGACAAAGAAGCGCAAGAUACGCGAGAUCCUGAACCUGCAGGACAGAAUCUUUGAGGAAACCGUCGUGUUCCUCUUCCCGGAGCAGUAUCAGGAGCAGCGUAGAGAAACUUUGUUGCCCCCUUUGCCAGUCUCUGCGGCCGAUAGACGCUUAACGAUCGACGAGUUCAUUAAGGAGGAAAUCGCUUCUCGAAAAGAAGUACGUCGAGGAAAUCAAUUAAUCUUACGGAAAUCUUUCGCAAAUAAUUAA